CGAAAAUGAUAAAUAAGAAAAUAAUAAUGUUUAAAAAUAAAAAUCUACAAAGGAUGAUCACAAACUCUAUCCAACUCAAUAGGAGGGAUAAAUAAUGAGAAAUGAAAAUAAUCAAGAAGUAAUGAAUAAAAAAAAAAUGUUAGGAAAUAAAAAGCGAAAAUAAAAAGUAGGAAUAAGCAGAAGAUGUUAUUGAUUAGGAAAUAAUUUAUGAAAAUAUUGAAAAAUAAAAUAAAAUGAAAUCCCCUUUAGAUUUUUAGAUUUUAUUAAAUUGUCUUAAUGGUGUUAUAUUUACUUUGGAAGCUGAAAGCAAGUAUUAAAAAUUGAAUUUAAUUUAGAAUACAACUCAUUGAUAAGAUGUUUUAUUGCACAGUUAAAGAUUAAUAGAUGGUAUUUAAAUAAGGAGAUAAAGCAAGCUUAUAUUUUAUAAUUGACAGUGGUAGAUGCGAAGUUAUAAUAAAUAAUAAUAAAAAAAAAAUUUUAUAAUCUGGAUAGUCAUUUGGUGAAUUAGAAAUAUUGUACAAUGUUCCAUAAUCUACUUCAGUGAAAGCAUUAGGAAGUACUAAAUUUAAUAAUUUUAGAUUGUACCUUUUGGGUUAUGGAUAGAUUUACAUUUAGAAAAACUAUAGAAGAAAUAUCAUUGAAGGAUUUUGAAUAAAAUUAAGAAAUAUUAUAGAAAGUUAAAUGUUUUUGUAAUAAAAUAAAAAUAAUAGGUUAGAGUCACUUACUUAUGAUUAAAGAAAAGCAAUCUCAUCGGUUUUGAUAACCCUAAGCUUUGAACCUGAAAGGAUAAUUGUAAGGAAAGGCGAUUAAGCAGAUUCAUUUUUUAUUAUUAAAAAAGGAGAGGUUAAAAUUUAUAAGGGAGACGACCAAUUGAUAAGAACUUAAGAAGGAGAUUCAUUUGAAGAAUAUUCAUUAUAAAAUAAUUCGGUAAGAUAAGCAACAGUCUAAGCAUAUAAAGAUGUUAUUUUAUUAGCAAUAUCAAGAUUUGAUUUGUAAAGAAUUUUGGGAGAUAAAAUGUAUACUAUUAUUUUCUAUGGUUAAUAAAGAUGGGCAUUUUAACGUCAUCCAUUUUUAAAAUGGCUUACUUAACUUUAAAUUGAAAGAAUAGUAAGCAAUAUGGAAUAAAAAUAAUAUAAGUAAGGAGAUAUUAUUAUAGAAAAAGAAUAAUAAUGUACUCAUUUGAUUGUUGUUCUGAUGGCAACUAUUUAAUAUGGAUAAUCAUUAAUAGGACAAGGGUAAAUAUUUGGUGAUUAAUUUUUGGAAUAGUAAAAUUAAAUUUUAGCUGAUUCUUUGAUAAUGAAAUCAGAUGGAUUUAUAAGUUAAAUACAAAUAAAAGUCUUUUUUGAAAUUAUUGGAGACAAUCUAAAAGAAAUUUAUUAAUAAUAGAAAAUAGCACAUAUUAACAAUAUCAAAAUAAAAUUAGAAGAAUUGAUAUCGAUCAAAAUUUUAGGUUAAGGAGAUUUUACUAAUAUCUAUUUAGUUCAUAAUAAAUCCGAAAAUAAAAAUUAUUCACUUAAAUGUAUAUCUAAAGCUUAAAUAAUCAAGUAAAAUUUAGAAAGGCAUUUAGACUAACAGAAAUAAGUAUCAUAGAUUGCUAAUUUUCCAUUAAUUAUACAUUAUUAUAAGAGCUUUAAGGAUUAAAACUACAUCUACUUUUUAGAGGAAUAUGUCAAAGGAAUGUAGAUAAAUGAAAUCAUUAAGGAAAUAGGAGCUUUAAAUACUUAUAAUUUAUAAUUUUAUAUAGGAUCAUUAAUUUUAUGUAUGGAAUAUUUUCAUCUCAAUCAUAUUAUUUAUAGAAAUGUUUCACCAACACAUGUUAUGGUUGAUGAUUAAGUAAAUAAUAAAUUUAUUAUAAGGGAUUUAUAAAGUUGAUAGGUUUAGGAACUGCCAAAUAUAUUGAAAAUAACAAAGGAAAAACAUUUACAAUGAAAGGAACUCCUCAUUAUAUGGCUCCAGAAAUAUUUAUUGGAAGGGGGUACACAUAUUCAGUUGAUUUAUGGUCUAUAGGAAUAAUGAUGUACGAAUUUAUCUAUGGUAAAGUACCUUAUGGAGAAAAUGCAGAUGAUCCGUAAAUCUUAAUUUAAAACAUUUAGAUACCUUAUUUUUGAGGACAUCCAAAAUAACCCCUUAAACUUUCCUUCUGAGCCCAAAGAUUAAAAUGCUUAAAAAUUAAUGGAAUAACUCAUAAACAAAAUUCCUUAAAUAAGGUUAGGAUCAUCUUAUGCGAUUCUAAAGAAAAAAUAAUUUUUUGAAAAUUUUAAUUUUGAUUCAUUAAUGAAUAGAGACUUAAAACCUCCUUAUAUUCCACCUAAUACCAAAUUCAUAAAUGACAAAGAAAUCUAAAAAGCCAUCGAGACUGGAAAACUCAUUAUUGAAGAAAUUAAAGUAUCAAUUUUUUAUAGUUUUGUAGAGUGAUCCUAGAACAAUUAAUAACAUCUAUAACUCAGACGAUGCAAGAAAUCCUGAUUGGGAUUAAAUUUAUUGAGCAAAAGAUUAUACAUAUGCAU